AUGUCCAUAAAGGCACUGGUGGGUGAGGAUGGAGACCUUAUACUCAAAUCUGAGUGGGACAGGGAGCCAGUGGAAAGAUUUGAAGAUGGGGAUCCUGAUGAGGAGUGCAUUACAAUAAUCCAGCCUGGAGGAGACAAAGGCGUGGACGAGCUUCUCUGCAUCAGCCAGGGGAUGAGGUUCCCUGUGGACAUUCUGGCUGAUGUCAGCCAUGAAGAGCUGGAACGUUCAUCCCUGAUCUACAUGAACAAACUCCUCUACAGUAACCCAGAUUUCCCUGAAUAUCUCCGCCUUACAGACACAACCCAGAUGCCCAUCCAGAGUUCCAAUGUUGGCCUCAUUCCUCUGUAUCGAUACAAUAACCAGCACAAGCUUUUGGCCCUCUUCCCUCCCACUGAUCUUUUCACAGCUGUAGCGUUUUACCUACUGGACCAAUGGUGGACGUUGGAGGACAUUGUGAAGACAGCAGAUCCUGCUCGAGACGGGGUUGUGCAGGUAGAGACAGUUGGAGAAAGAAUAGUUUUGUACAUUCUUAACCGUUGGAUCUAUAAAGAAACAGAGAUGAACACAGACGAGCUUCCUUUUCUCUGCCACACGGAAAAGGAUUAUGCAAAAAUUCUUUGGAAAGAUGGAGCAGCUGUUGGCUUCUACUCUGUCAAACCCUCGGGAGUCUCAUUUGAAUCCUCUUCAACUAGAACCUACCAACUUCCUGUGAUGGAUUCUUUAUUCGUGAGGAAAUGUCAUCGUGGUCACAGCAUUGGCCUCUACCUGCUGGAGGACUUUGUGCACAGUUUCAAAGAGGACUAUUUAGGGCUAAAGUAUCCCCUCUCAGUCACCAUGUAUAAAGUUUGUGGGAAGUAUUUGAGCAAGUACCCAGAAUACGCGGAUGUGCUGUGGGAGGUAGAGCGCACAGGAACACCCGCCCAGAGGACCAAUAUUGCUAACAAGAUCCGGACCAUGGAUCUGAGAGCGGUGACAAAGACUCUGUCGUUCACGGAGGAACCGCUCGUCACCACUGAAGGUACGACGGCGGAUGUGGUUACGGAGGUGAUGACCACACGGAUACAUGACCCUGAAUCUCUGGAGUGUUCAGGCUGGACCAUGGCUGUGCUUAGCAUUGAUUCUGAAGAAAAAUGUGAGUGGGUAUUCGAUCAGUCGUUGGAUGAUGCGACAGCUACAGAUAUACAAAGCUCUGACCACGACUCACUUUUAACCAGCAAUUUAGAAAAAGCUGCAGUAACAACAGCAGGAGCUGGUGAGACUGAUGCUCCUCUUGUCGACCUUGACAACUCACAAAGUUUGCACAAACCAUCCUUUGAUACACAUAUAACAGUUGAAAUUGUUGCAUCAGAAAUUGAGGGAGUUGAUGAAGAAUCUCAAACGGAAAAAACGGCAGUGCAUUUAAUACCUGCAGACAGUUUAGACACAGACGAGGGUGUAGAGGUCCUGGAUCAAACGGACGAGGGGACUAAAGUCAUUGCAUGUGAGAACGACUCAAAAGAAAGCGAUAAAACUUGUGAUAAAAGUCAUAUACCACAAGUGGUGUCAGGUGGUGUGAAGGCUGGAAAAACAGCUGUAAAGGUUAAAAAACGUGCACAAAGUGAAACCCCCAGACGAAGAUCUCAGCAACGCAAUAAGUCGCCAUCGAUACAAAGAGAAACCUCACGUCAGAGUAGUGUGUUAAUUUUGAGAGGAAGAACUAUUGUGAGAACCCCAACACCCAAACGCCAGUACGUCAGCAAAGAUCAGAAAAUACGUAAGAACUUAGAGAAAGGGUUAGAUGAAUUUGAAGCAUCGCCUGUAAGGAAGGGGCAAGAACGUGAAGUUGCUUUAGAGAACGAAGCCAACAAACAGAGUGGAGUCGCUGUGCAGGAAUUUGCUCAAGAAAAACCGAUGGAAGAAAAGCAACAACAGGAAGCUGAGCAACUCACAAAUGAAGAAAAAAUGGAGACACGUGAGGAGCCAGAAAGACAAGAUGCCUUACUGGAUGAGCCAGUCGCAGAACCUUCAGACGUAAAACCAGAAGAAGACAUUAACAGAACAGGAGGUGAUGAACUGGAGAAGGCGGAAAAGCAGGCACAGGAACACAGGCAGGAGGCACAAGAAGUUGAAAAGAUGGAACGAGAACUAUCAGUGGAAGAACUGACUGCUGGUGUGAAGGAAUUUAUAAAGAAUGUUACACUUUUGACUGAGGAAAAUGAGGAGGAGAAACCCACUGAAGGAAUGGCUGAGAGUACAAACGUGCUGGAAGUCGAGGGAGAUGACACGAGAGAGGAAUCUGAGACAGCUCCUGGAAGGGAUCAUGGUGUAUCAACCACAGUGUCACCCAGUGAAGUUCAAGAGGAGGCCAACUUUAUCAUUGAACCAGCAGCUGCAGCUCAGGAAACAGACAUCACCUCUCAGAUCCAUGAAGUCCAGAAGAAAGCUGUCGUUGUCUCAGUGGAUCUGAAAACAACCUACUAUCACCUCCAGCUGAAGGCCUCAGAAGAAACAUCAGCUGCCAGGGAGCAGAUAGAAAAAGAACAGUUGGAUGUGACGGCCGCUCAAAAGGUCCAGACUUCAUUUGGUAGUUCUGCUGUGGAGGAUCAAAGUUCAGAGUCAGAAAAUAUUGAAGAAACAUCUUUGUCUGAAAUGGCUGAACCACUGAUUGUUGAGGAAAAAGAGCUUGGCGAAGAAAAACUUGCUAAUGUCGAUAAUGCAAAAAGUGAUGCAGCAAUCCCAGUGGUUAUUGAAACAAAAGCUCUAAGAGGUGGGAGAAAGACUGUUAGACCAGGGGGCGAAUCCUUAAGCAGAGCAAUAAACCUGAAAGCGGACAAAGGUACAGGGACAACUGGAGAAGAAGAUGAAGCAAAAACAGCUGCGAUACCAGUGGAAGGAGACAUAGUAAAGGAUGGUGUCACAGAACAAGAUACAGCAGAGAAUCUGCAGACUACUGGGUCCAAGACCUUUGCAGACACAGAGAUGACCAUACCAGUCCCAGAAGACAUGAACAAAAACCUUUUCUCUGGAGAAGUAACAAGGGCGGAUGAGGACGAGGCACAAGUUGUAGAAAAAAGACAACUGAGAAGUGGAACAAAGAUAAUCACCCCUAAGCCAACACCUAAGAGCACAAGAAGCAAAGAACAAGACCAGGACCAAGACAAGGAAACUGUAGACAGUAAUGCUGAGGAGGAACUACAAGGAAAAAUAAGCACACUGACACAGGUAGGGAUGUCUACCUCUGUCACACCAGAAGAUAAACUUACAAAACCAAGGGAAGAAGAGAGUCAAAUGGAGGAAGAGGAAUCCCUAACAGCAGAACAAUCUGGUCCUUUAAGUCAAUGUGUAAGUAUAGAAAUUGUGGAGGAGAAAUUGCCGGCUGUGGCUGAGGAGGCUAUCCUAGGAGGAAGUACAAUUACAGAGCAAUCAGCAGGGCCAUCUGAGACUUUUGGGGGGUUAAAGGCUUCUGCUGAAGGAACAAGUUUGGAAGAAGAACUGCCACAGCAAGAACAUCUAGAAAGUGAGGGAGGAGUAUCUCUCGAAAAGAACAUUGAUGAUGAAGAAACAAGAACUGAGAUAAUCGGAGCAAAAUCUGAUGUUGGCAGAGAGGAAGAACCCCAAAAAGAGUGUGAAGAGAAGAAAGAAUCUACAUCUGAAGAGGCAGACGUUCAAAAAGAAGAGACAAGACUGACAACGACUAAGCAACAAGAAGACAAGAGAGAGGAAACACCUGAGGAAGAGGAUAAAAUAAAGGGAGGGACUGAAGGAAAAUGUGGAGAUGAAUCUGAACUUGAAACUGUAAAAAUAGAAGCAGUGAUGUCAGAUGACACAAAGGAAAAGACCAGUAGAAAUGGAGCAGAAAGAGAUACAGAUGAGAUGAUGGAAGUGGAACAAAUGGGCACAAUAUUAGUUAUAGACAUCAGUGACACAGCUGGAGUCACAUCCAGCCAAUGCCAGGAGUCACCAGAACAAGAACAGGAGAGCAAGGACGCGGUCCAUCAGGUUUGUAAUUUGAAGAUGGUGACUGUUGCUUUGGAUGACAGGAGCAAAGAUGAUCAUGAGGUCCAAGAAGAAUCAGCAGCUGUAGAGUGUCAGGUUGUUCUAGAAAAGACUGCUGAUGUGGAAGAAGAGCAGAAGGACCUGACAGAGGAAGAAACUAAGUCCAAGGAGCAAGUUCCUGAAACACCUGUAAGAGAAACGGAGGUUGUUGUGUCAACUGUGGAAGAGAAGAGAUUUGAUAAGAAAGUGACAGACGAUGUCACAACGCAAGAUUCAGUGGAAGGAAAACAAUCUGUGGCAUGGUGUGAUGAGGUCGUGACCCUAGUUGAAGGAGCUGAGAUGAUUUGGACAACAUCAGAAGAUGAGCAAAAAGAACCACAAGUUCACAUCAGAGUUCUGAGAAGUGUGAAAAAGUCUAUUACAGAAAGACAGUCUACCACAAGAGCUCACGUGCACCUCCAAGGAGAAAAGAACAAUGAAAAAGAGGAACCAGUAACACGAGAAGACAAAGAAGCAGAGAUGAAGCAAGGAAGAGAAAAUGCUGAGGAUGAAGAAGCCCACUUCCAAGAAAGAAGAGAAUCAGAAGUGGAAGCAGAGCUAAUAAGCAUUGUGGAAACACAAAAGGAUGCUGGAGAGGUGGGACAGUGUGAGGUUUGUGUUGAAAAAGUGGAACCAGGUCAUGCUCGAAGUGCUGAAGAAGAUCUGCCAUCAAAGGUGAGUGAUCAAAAUAAAAAGGAAGCACAAGAUAAAGAGCAGGGUGAGGAAUCUGCAGAAGACAAAGGGGAAGAACAAGAGAAAACAAGCACAUGGACUCUGACCACAAAACCACCUGAAGAAGAAGAUCAAAUGGAAGAAGAGGAAUCCGUAACACCAGCAGGGGUCUCUGAGGAGUUUAGAGAGUUAAAGACCUCUACUGAAGGGUCAGAUUCUGAGGAAGAAGAACUACCACCAGUUGUUGAAACUAGAGCACAAAGAGGUGGAAGAAAGAGAAUAAGAAGUCCAACAAAAUACAGAUCCAGAAGGGGCACAAAGGUAAAUUAUCAAAAUACACAGGGAGCACAACAUAAAGAACAAAGUGGGGACUCUGCAGAAAACAAAGAGGUGGAAGCACACAAGGAAACAAGCACGUUGACACAAGGAGGUACACCUACUUGUGGAAGAGAAGAUGAAUCCACAAAACCAAAUGACCUCGAUCAAAUGGAAGAAGAGGAAUCCACAACAGAAGUCAGAAGUCAGGACGUAACACUGGAAAAUAAAGACAAAGAGAUCACAGAAAACACAAAGCAGGAAUCUGGUCCUAAAAAAGAAGCUAUAACUAGAGAGGUUAUUGUGGAGAAAGUGACAGCAGUGGCUGAGAAAGGUGUCUCAGAAGAAGCAGAACUGGAGAAAAAACAAGAUGCCGUUGAGUUGGGCCAUUGUGACAUUUCUGUUGAAGGCAAGGACACAGAUCAUGCAGUGAGUCGAAAUGCUGAAGACCAACGGCUGUCAAAAGAAGCAGAGGAAGCAGGAGAAGACUCUACAUCCGCAUCCGCCAGUAUCUGUGAAAUCACAGAAACGGCAGCCAUAGAAUGUGCGGAGGAAGAUACACCUCAAAAAGAAGCCAUCAUUACAGAAACAAGAGUUUUGAGAAGUGGUGGAAAGACAGUACAAAGAGAGAAGGCCUCAAUAAACCAACAAGAAAAGGACAAAGAAGAUACAGAUACAUGUGGAAAUAAAAGUGCUGAAGAAGAAGAGAUAACAGAAAAAAGAAUUCUAAGGAAGGGAAGGAAGCCUACUCCUGCCGCACCGAGACCGAAGUCGAAAAGAGGCCGCAUACAGCAUCAGGAAGAAGAAGAAGAUGAAUCUUCACCAGGUGAAAAGGCUGUUGGAAAGGAAGACGUAUUAGAGCUGGAAACAGAUCAGACAGAGCAAACGGUGGAGGAAGUGGCUUCAGGUGAAAAUGAAGAAGAUACAGAACCAGGAAUUGAGACAGUAGAGUCUGUGGGAGAAGAAUCGGACACACUGGAACAGAAACAGUUUGUGCUUUCAGAGGAAUUGCCAAAGGGGCAGGAAGAGACUUCUGAUGGAGAAAAGGCCACAAAUCUGCUUUCGAUAACUCAGACAGAGGAGGACAGAGUGGACAAGAGAGAGCGAAAGGACACAUCUGCAACUGAGACUGAGGGAAAGAAAGAUUUGGAUAAGAGUAAGGACCACAAGGAAACAGCUGUAGCCGAGCAAGGACAGGCUUUUCCUGGCAAAAGUGCAGAAGAUGAUAGAGUGGAACCUUUUCCAGAGGAGCAAGAAACAAACUUCUCUGAAAUAAGACUUCUGAGAAGUGGUACAAAGGCAGUAAAAACUGGACAAGCCUCAACAAACCAACAACAAAAGGACAAACAAGAUCCAGGGACAGCUGAAGAUAAAGGUGCUGAAGAAGAUGAAGUGAUAGAAGAGACAAGAAUUCUAAGAAAGGGAAGGAAGUCUGCUCCUACCCCGUCCAGUCGGAAAUCUAAAAGAGCCCGCGUACAGCGUCAGGAGGAGGAAGAAGAACAAACAGCAAUGCUUGACUCUUCUGAGGAGAAAGACACGGAAGAAGAGACUAAAAGGAUGCUUAAGGAAGAGGAGAAGCCUCAAAUUGGAAAAGAACAACUUACAGAACACGUGGAGAGUAUGACAAGGGAGGAAGAAGACAACUCUGCUGUAGUAUGUGUAGAAAAGGCAGGACUGAUCGAGGGCGCGUUGUCAGAGGACGUAAGUCCGACAGAGUCUGAAGAGAUGAAAACCUCAGUGGCAGCUGUGGAGGCAACUGUUCCUGGAAUGAUUGAGGAGCCAUCAGAUGAGGUAGAAGGGACAAGUAAAUCGGUUGAAGGCUCUCUGGUCAUAGCAAAAGAUACCACAGCUACUGCCAUGUUACACGAAGAAUGCAUUGAGCAAACACAGGCUGAAGAUGCAUCUGCUGUGACAGUGGAACAAGCUCAAGCUGCAACCUCAGGAAAAUACAGAAGACAGAAAGACCAAAUAGAAGCAGAACAGCAGCAGGAAGAAGGAAAACCUGAGCAAGAGGAAACCAGACACUUGGCAGAGUUCCCUGGAAUUGUUCACGAAGCAGAGGAAUCAUCAUCAACUGGGAAGGAAGCAGAGCCUCUUGCUAAAUACACCGUGGAGGAGAACUUUGAUGAACCAGCUGAUGUGGUCACAAUGACAGAGAAAGCUGAUAAAAACAUAGAAUCACCAGAGGAAGCAUUACCAGAGAGAAAAGAAGGCACAACUACCAGAACCAGGAGAAUAACUCUCCCAGUUGCUUCUGGAACAAAGUCCAAAGACACAGAAGAACCUCAAAAUCCAAAACAGAGAUCCCUGCGGAGAAGCCAUUGGCAUAGAGGCUGUACAGAAGGGGACCGGCUUGAAGGUGAGACAGAUGCAGCCAAUGAGGAAGAUGAUGAUGAAGUAGAACUUCAUAAAACUGAAAAUAAGGAUGAAGAUGAGGAAGCUAAAUGUUCUGCAGAUGCACAGACCCAGAUGAUGGAAGAAAAUGUGCAGGAUUACAGUCGGACCUCUGAGACAAGUGGUGAAGAUGCUGACAUCCUGACUUUAGUGUUAGAUUCAGACCAGGAGACAGAGAAAACAGGUAUGAAAGGUGAGGAUGACCAGAGUAUGUCCGAGGAAGAGAAUGAACCUAUAGUAAUUAGAAAGAGAGUUUUAAGAGGGAGGACCAUUCCCUCAUUAGUAGUUAGCUCUAAAGGCAAAAGAGCAGAGGACACAUCGUCCAAUGAUGACUGGGAACAGAAUUCACAUCUGGCUCAGACAAGGUGUUUACGAAAGAGGAAAAGCACCGAAGCGACCCCAACUCGCCAGUCUAAACGUCACAGCAGAGUUUAAAGGGAAACGAGUGCAGGCACAAACUUUGAACAUUCAAGAAUACUUAUUUAAACAGUCUGACUGACGGAUGUUUGGGUGUGGAAAACAAUUUUGUC